GCGCGGUCGCACAUCGCGCGUCCGUUCCCAAGAGAUUACCUCGCGAUGUACACGAUGAUCGACGCGAUCGGGGCGCGCACCGGCGCUCGCGCCGCGCGCGCGCCCAACUCCCACCGCGUUCGUCCCCAGCUGUGUCUCGGAUCAGCACGCCAGCUUCAGGGUUCGCGAACCUACCCGAGCUCCAAGCCCUUCGCCGUGGCGACGACGUGCGUGGCGCAGCCCCCGCGCGAUUGCAUCCCGCGCGCGGCGCGAUCCCUCCACCAGCCCGCGUCCCUGGCCGCCGCCGCCGCCGCCGCCGACGCCAAGGAGCUCAUGUCCGUGGCGGGGGGCGUGCUCGGGGGCGGCGAGGCGCGGCGGAUGAGGUUCGACGUGGCCAUGAAAAAUCUCGCGAGCGAAGUUCACGGCGCGUACGGAGAGUUUCCCCUCACCGGGCUGCUCAAGCUCCUCGAGCACCCCGCCGUCGACGAGGCCCUCCACGCCGCCGAGCACAAGGAGGGCAGCGUCGACGAGGCGGACAAGAUCUCGCGCGCGCACGCCUUCUUCGAGGACUGCGACCCGAGCGUGGACGGAUCGUGCGACCUCGAGCACACCGCUGACGCGUUUCAGCCGAGUUUAGUGGACAUCGGGUCCGGCGCCGGGCGUCUGGUGCUCGCCGCGGCGACGAUGCGGCCGUGGAGGUCCGUGGUGGGCAUCGAGGCGUCCAAGCCCCUCGCGGGCCUCGCCGCCGCCGCGAUCGAGAGGCUCGAGGCGUCCGGCGUGGUGGAGAAGGGCGUGCUGUCGUCGGUGCACGCCGACGCGAACCUCACGGGCGGCCGACUCACCACCGUCAUCGCGCAGGAUGUGCGGACCAAGGAGGCGCACGUCGUCGACCCGGCGGGGGAGGGCGAGCAGGGCGGGGACAUCGCAUCCGCGGCGUCGGCGCUCGCGGGCGCGGACCUCGCCAUCGCCUACUCCACCGCCUUUCCCUCCCCCGACGGUUUGCGUCUUCCGUACCUCUCCGCCGCGCUCUCGGCGGUUAUGCGACCGGGGACGAUCGCGGUGACGUGCGAUAAGUGGCUCGUCGGGAGACGGUUCGAGUUCGUGGACAUGGUCAAGCUGCAGGGCGAGGACGGACCGGACGACGUGAUACGCGCGUUCAUAUGGCGUCUGCGGGGCGAGGCGCCGGUGGCGGCGGCGGGUGACAGCACGCCGGGCGUCGAGGUUGUCGCCAAAGAGCUGGAGUCCAUCCUGUACGACUACAUGGACGAGGACGACGCGUGCUCGCAGAACCCGGACGCCGCGAUGGCGCUGCUGGAGGACCUGGAGGAUGAGCUGUCCGUGAUGGACACCAUGGACGAGGACGGGCUCUUGGACGGCGCGUGCGUCAACUCGGGCGAACUGGCCGCUUCGUGAGCGAAACCGAAGGGCCCUUUUGUUUGUUGUACUUGUACCCUGCCUAAUAAGACGUAGUGGAUCGACGACGUGAGUAACGAACGCGCGAGUGUAGUAGUACGAU